AUGUUUCUGAUUGCGCAACUGGAAACCCAGCUGAAAUACAAGAGACAGAUUGAGGAGAUGGCACAAACUGUGAAAGAGCUUAAAAUGGAGAACAACAAACUUAAAGGCACUAAUCAAGGUUUAAAUGUUGACGAUCUUAGAAUUGUGCUGCUGGGGAUCACCGGAGGAGGGAAGAGUGCCACUGGAAACACAAUCCUGGCGAGCGAUGUUUUUAGGGAAGGCUUUUCCUUUGAAUCUGUUACCACUGAGUGCCAGAAAGAGUCUGCUUUAAUACACGGCAGACUUAUAACAGUGGUUGACACUCCAGGUUUGUUUGAUACAAUAGGCGAUCCAGAAGAGACCAGGAAAGAGGUAAUUAAAUGCAUCAACAUGGCAGCACCCGGUCCACAUGUGUUCCUUCUGGUAAUAGCACUAGGCCGUUUCACAGAUGAAGAGAGAGAUGCUGUGAAGUUGAUCCAGGACAUGUUUGGUGAUGAAUCUGGAAUGUACACACUUGUGUUAUUCACAAGAGGAGAUGUACUUCAGGGAAAGCCAAUUGAUGGGCACCUUCAAACAGCAAGAAACGAUGUGAAGAAACUUCUUCGUAAAUGUGGAAGCAGAUAUCAUGUCAUUGAUAACACUGCUAAAAACAAUAAAGAUCAGGUCAUCCGGCUCUUGAGUAAAAUAGACAGCAUGGUGAGAGUGAAUGGAGGCAGGUGCUACACUAAUGAGAUAUUCCAGAAAGCAGAAGAUGCCAUCAAACAGCAGCAGGAGAGAAUACUGAAGGAUAGAGAAGAAGAGAUAGAGAAGGAGAAGGAGGAGUUGGAAGCAAAACAUGAGGCAGAAAUGGAGAAACUGAAGAGGGAGAUGGAGGAGGAGAAAAGGAGACAACAAAAUGAGAGGAUGAGAAGGGAGCAGGAAUUUAAGAGUAAGGAGCAGGACCUGAAAUUAAAGAUGAAAGAUAUGCAAAAGAAAGAAAAAGUUGAUCGUUUGAAAAUGCAGGAAGAACUCAAAACGCAAAAAUGGCAAGAUUAUGCUAAGCUACAGGAAGAGGAAAGGGAAAGUAGACAGAGAGAAGCAAGACAGAGGGCAGACAUGGAGGAACAACAGAGGCUACAGAGACAGCGGUUUGAAGAAGAGAAAAUAAAGAUAGACAAAGAUAAUGAAGAGAGGGAGAAAAGACACAUCAGAUACCUGAUGGAAGUACAUCGUGACGAAAUGGAAGAUUUGAAGACAUCGACCAAAGAGAAAGCCAGGAUGCAAGCAGAGAAGGAGUUUAAUGAAGAACUGGAUAGAAAAGUGAGAGAGGCUAAAACCCAGGGUCUCGAUGAAGGGUACAAGCAAGGACAUGACAGAGGGAGGGAGGUAGGGGAGAAAGACGGGCAUGAGAAAGGAAUAAGGGAGGGUUUACAAGAAGGACACAAGAAGGGAUAUGAAAGCGGCCAUAAGGAAGGAAAACAAAGAGGAAAGGAGGAAGUUGAGGCCACACGAACCAAUCCAGGAAGAGGUGUAGAUGUAGCUGUCAGGUCUUGGUCUAAAGUUUUUAAGAAGUGAAUCUUUACAAGUCUAAAUUUAAAUUAACUUAAGAAGAGGACUUUUCGCAGAUAUAUCUAUUUUAAUACCCAAAAUGAUUUAGAACUAUCAUC